AUACUGUUAUAUUAUUUUCACAAAUUUUGUCUUCCAGUCCAAACUGUUUUAUUGUACUAAUUUGUUUUUUAAAUAAAAAUAAAGAAAGGUUUAUUUUUCCGUCCACUAUCUGCUACAUUCCAUCAGACUGAAAUUCUAUUCUAAGCCUAUAAAUCUAAAUUUUUCUUAUAAAGUGUAAUUUUAUUGAAACUGAAAAAUGUAACUGAAUUUGACAUCUCGUCGGUUUGCUCCUGUGAAUUUUUAAAUAAAUAAUAAAUAUUAUAUUUUAAGUAUUUCUGAAAGAAAACUGUAGAUUGUGUAUUAUCCAGGAUGGAGAGCAAAGAAUGGAGGGUUCUGGAGUUAUUCAGUGGAAUUGGUGGGAUGCACCGAGCUCUCAAAGAAUCCUGUACUAGGUUUACUGUGGUAGCUGCCGUGGAUAUUAACACGAUAGCCAAUGAUGUCUACAGGGAGAAUCAUCCAGAAACUGAGGUUUGGAACAGAAAUGUCCAGGCCAUUGGUGAAUCUGAGAUUGACUCCCUGGACAUCGAUACAAUUCUGAUGUCCCCACCUUGUCAGCCGUUUACAAGAGUGGGUAAGAAGCAGGAUCUGGAUGAUAGAAGAACGGACGGAUUCAUUGCAAUUUGUGCUAAUCUCCUGAAUUGUCGGAAAAUUGAGAGAGUCCUCAUGGAAAAUGUAAAGGGAUUUGAGACUUCCAGAGCCAGGGAGAUGUUUGUGCUGAAAUUGCGACAAAUGGGCUUUUUCUGCAGGGAAUUCCUCCUAUCGCCUCAAAUAGUGGGUAUUCCCAACUCCCGGACAAGGUACUACUGCAUUGCUAGAAGGCACAGGGACUUUUCCCAUGGAGAUUCUCAAGGGAUCUCUGAGGAACUUCCAGGGAAGUUUGAUUUAAGAGACUUGUCAGAGUUUAUUGAUACUCUUCCUGAUGGGAAUGAAUAUCGCCUUCCGGCGAAAAGUGUGGGAAAGAAUUGCUGGGUCCUGGACAUUGUGAGUCCUUCUUCAAAGAAUUCCAUGUGUUUCACUAAGGCCUACACCCAUUUCCUAAGAGGAACCGGGUCUAUCUUCUGCCCAAAGGAAGACAAGGUCAUUAGUGAGACUUUUUCACGAUUGGAGAAGAUUCCAGCUGAAGAUCAGGAGUUUCCGAAGAUUUUGGACUCACUGGAGAUGAGAUUCUUCACUCCGGAUGAAGUUGCCAAACUCAUGGGCUUCACGGGAGGCAUCAAGUGGCCAGAAGACGUAACCAAUCAACAGAAAUAUAAACUUUUGGGGAACAGUCUCAAUGUUUCCGUUGUCCGGGAGUUGGUGAAUCUUCUGGAGAGUUCUUGAAAGAACUUCCCCAUUUAUUGAGGAGUAAUAAAAUGUUUGAUGACUGUUGA